UAUUCUGAGAACGCUGCCGUGGCCAUUUGCCCUUGAUCUGCUGACCCUUUCUCUCUCUCUCUCUCUCUCUCUUGUGAGCUCUAAAGUCUAAACCCUCUCUCUCACUUUCUUGCCGUGCACUAUAAACGCUAAACCCUUCCCUGUUCGGGACAAUCAGACGACCACACUGAUACUCAGUUGUCCGUUAUCAACAUUUACCAAAAGAUGAAUUUCAACAACGUCAAAGUUCCAAAGAUGCCCGGCGGCGGUGCAGCUUCUGCUUUAAUUAGGGUGGGAGUCAUUGGUGCACUUGGUUUGUAUGGUGCUACUAACAGUCUCUACAAUGUUGAGGGAGGCCAUCGAGCUAUCAUGUUUAACCGUAUAGUUGGUGUGAAAGACCAGGUUUAUGCUGAAGGUACACACUUUAUGAUUCCAUGGUUUGACAGGCCCGUAAUUUAUGAUGUCCGUGCAAAACCCCAUCUAGUGGAGAGUAAUUCUGGGAGCCGCGACCUCCAGAUGGUGAAAAUUGGGCUUCGAGUUCUUACCCGCCCUGUGCCCGACCAAUUACCAACAAUUUACCGAGCACUUGGUGAGAACUAUAACGAAAGGGUCCUGCCUUCAAUUAUUCAUGAAACUUUGAAAGCUGUUGUCGCCCAGUAUAAUGCCAGCCAGCUUAUUACACAGAGAGAGGCUGUCAGUAGGAAUAUUCGGGAUAUUUUGACUGCGAGGGCAGCCAAUUUCAAUAUUGCAUUGGAUGAUGUGUCAAUCACAAGCCUAACUUUUGGAAAGGAAUUUACAGCUGCAAUUGAAGCCAAACAGGUGGCUGCACAAGAGGCUGAGAGGGCUAAAUUUGUCGUGGAAAAAGCUGAACAAGACAAGAAAAGUGCCAUUAUCAGAGCACAGGGUGAGGCCAAGAGUGCACAGCUGAUUGGUGAAGCUAUUGCCAGUAAUCCGGCAUUUAUCACUCUCAGGAAGAUUGAAGCUGCCAGAGAGAUUGCACAUACUGUCUCGAAUUCAUCCAACAAAGUUUUCCUGAGUUCAGAUGAUUUGUUGCUAAACCUUCAGGAUAUGGAUUCGGAGCCUACUGGGAAGAAAUAGACGAAACAGGUUGAAAUUGCCACCUCCUCUAUUUUGGUUUUGUUUAUCAACUUUCCAAUUGUGGUGAUAUCCUCAAGAGUCAAAACUCGAUCGGUGGUCAAAUUAAAUGGAUAAUUUUGAUUGUAAUUGACUCAUUGAGACAGAAAUUAAGAUGGCUUAUCAAAUUACUGUCAAUUGGAAAGCCAUCGUUGAGAUUUUGCUUCAAUCAGUUUUGUUUAAUAAAUUCUUCAAUUGUAACAAUAUUGAGUCACUGACACUGGAGGAAUUUCUUCAUCUUGUAUCAUUGUACCUUUUCAAAUUUCAA